AUGCCUCCAAUAAGUCUCGACGAAAUCAUCCACUAUCGUCCGCCUAACGAAAAAACACAAUUCCAAGGGCCACAGUCCAUCAGUUUAUACCAUCAGCAUAAUUCAAAUCCAUCAUCUGAGGGCCCCAUCCUAAGCCGUCCUUUCCCACCAAAUCAAGUCUGGCCGUCGGGAUUUCUUUUAUCGGCACAUGAACAGUGUCCUCAAAUGAUUCCUCGAUCACCAGUUGAAUCCGUGCCGUCAUUACCACUCACUGAGCCUGCUGGGGAGGUGGCUUUAGAUUUGUCGGAUGAGAUGAGGAUGGAUUUUCCGAAUGUGACUCUAGAAGAGGAUAACGACGUCCCAAUAUCGAACGCUCACUGGUCUAAAAGUGAUUUAUUGAAUGUUUUCGAUGGGGCGUCACUUACAGGUCCGGGUGACCAUUGUGAUAACAACUCAGCCAAAGUCGAGGACAGAAUUUUGCAAGAUUUCAGUACCACUGUGUCCGCUACCUCUAAGGAGCAUCUCAAUAUAACAACCAACGAACAUUAUUUGAGCUCUACGGAUGAAAAUGACCCUGAUCCAUCAUUUGGUCUACUGUCUGGCGAUGUUGCCCCGUCAACUGGCGAUGCCGAAGCUGGGUCAGAUGAGCUUAGACAGUCGCCAGUUUUCACGAACUGUGAAGAAAUAACCCCCGAGGAAUGCGGUGGCUACUCGAUUGCAGAAUUCUGCGAGAGUAUUCAAGCCGAGGCAAACGGAGUAGUAUUUACUGAUGCUGAGAAAGAACUUUCACAAACAGAAAUUGAAACCCCGUCGACAAUCAACUCACCAGGGCGUUGUUCCAUCUCCAUAUCGCCUAUAUCACAGCGUGGUGAAGGCCAGUCAAAAUGCACCCGAGCCGAUACAGAUGCAAAUUUGCCUUCAGUGUCGGAGCUUCAAUCUGUCGUCAUCACCAAUUCACGUUUCAGAGAGCGAGACAUGAGGAAAAUUGCACCAUUGGCCCCAACGUCCCGUCCAAAAAGAAAGCGAGGCCCAUCCGCGUCAUCACAUGGCGGCAGCUGCAGCGACAGCUCUAGUGACGCUGAUGAUGCGGACGACGUCAGUGAGAGCUCUAUUCUAUCCAACCGAUCGAAAAGAGCUGGGCGGGUGGCAGUAAAAAGCUCUCCUGCUCAUCUACGGCAUAACAAAAAUACUUGUCACAACCUCUUCUCGCAGCGUCGCGUUUCUCGAGCCUCAAAAAAUGAGGAGUCCCACCCCCAAAUGCCGAGGGAUCGGCAUCCCGUAUCUAGUCUGUCCGAUAUAGAGACAAUUCCCAUUCGAGGUUUCCUGACACGGGAAAUACUUCUGUCGAAGGUUGUUUAUUCGAUUACCUUUGAGGAGCGAACAGAGCACACCUGCCUGCAGGAACCCGAUAAGACUCCACCAGAUUGUGAGCGUAAAGCUCAACGCAGAAAGUUACCUCGGCAGAAAAAUCACAAAGUUGGAAAAUUAAUUAGACCAGCUCAAAUUCUGUCUAAAGACGACGAGCUUUUGAUCGAAUUGAAGGAAGAGAAAGGAUUCAAGUGGAAAAAAAUUGGAGAAUAUUUCCCUAGCAGAUCAGUGGGCUCACUACAGGUGCGGUAUUCUACACGCCUUAAGAACCGGUCUGGUAGAAGCGACGGUCUUUCAGCGACAAAUAUCAAGAGCAAGGCUACCGAACCGUCAUUAAUACAGCGAUACGGUCCGCCUCGGCACAGACAAACCGUCGACCGUUACUCCCCAGUCUGA